AGAUGAGGCACAAAGGGAGAAAGGGAGCUCCAGGGUUCCGCUAAACCUAUUUCUAAAGAAGUUGUUGGGCAAAGAAGUGCUUGAUUUCCUCCCUAACGCUUCUCCACCGGGAAAGAAACCCAUGAAGCUACGAGGCGCAUUCAAAAAUGCGUACAUUCACUUCACACAUGCGGUCAUCGUGCAAAAGCAAGACAUCCUAACAAAGGAAACUAUGUGGCUGCUGAUGGCACGGGGCGCCUUACCCAUUUGUGCUACGGGUCAAAAGGGAGUCGACCUCAUCAUACCCGUCGUUCAGGGAGAUAUAGUAAAAGAAAGCACGGUGACUGCGAUCUUCAUACAAGUUAAGAACGACGAUCCCACCGGCCCAGAUUGUUCUAAAUAUUUCUUGAACUUGCAUCCAAAGAAUACAAAUUACCUGUCUCAAGGCCAGGAAGCACUCGAACUCCCGUUCAUCCGUCUCGUGAUGGCUUUCCAGGGCAAGAAGAAUGAAGUUACGCGCCAUUUUAUCGACUACUCUCGGCCCGUUGAUUUCACUGCAUAUGAUAUCAUAUGCCGAGGUAUCACGCCAGAGACCUACAAAGUGAUCAAACAGGGAGAUGUGGAGGGCUGGAAAAGAUGUCUGGACAUUUUGGGGGGAUUUGAAGCACUUUUCAAGCAUCCGAAUGGAGAAGAAAUGAGCGAUGAUCAGAAGAGGACGACCCGAUUUCGAUGGCCUGGUGCUGAUCACACAGAAAAGUUUCCAUUUCGUUGGAUGCUGCAGAAGAAUGACUCUGAACCUUCACCUGCCUAA